AUGGCCGGGGCUGCGGCUACGGGGCUGCGGACACCGGAGCGGCUCCUGCGGCCCGGCCGCGCCUCACCUGCACCUCACCUGGCGGGGCGGGGAGCGCGUAAGUACGGUAGGCGUAGUGCCGCCGUGCUCUGGUCAAUACGGUUGAGCCCCGCCCYCCGGCCUCACGCGCUGCCGCGGGCGGCAUCGCCCCCUGUCGGCUCUGUGCSUCGGUGCCCCCAACAGGAGACCGAUGGGGGCGCGGCGCUGUGCACGAGACGUUCCGGCGCCGCUCGGGUUUGCCGCGGGGAAGGUUUUGAGGGACGGACCGCGCCUCAGGGCGCUUCCGGUCGGUGCCAGGUGAGUCCCGGAGGCGGCUCCGAGCGGGCCCGGGCGGGGCCGGGGACGGCACCCGGCAAGAGGAACCCGGGAAACCGGCCCCAUGUGMAGGAGCCGGGACCGGCGCAGCGGACGUUGAGCCUUGGACGCCGAGAGGAGCGGCGAGCGGGCGGGGACGGCGGGGCCGCUCCGGGUCUCCGUGGUGGCAGUGGGACCCCCCCAGACAUUGCCCAGCUGCUGACGCCUUCACUGUCCUCCCUUGGGGUCACCAACAACAUGGAAGGAAAUGGGRACUGGAGGCCAAUUCCAGGAUGGGUGAUGACAGGGUAGUUGCUGUUGGUUCUGGCAAAAUGCAGCUGAUGAAWUGCACAGCUUGGCUCCCCGUGCAAAGGGAGCCCUUCCAAGGAAGUGGGGACUCCUCACCAUGAGAAACUAAUUAGUACCAGAUUGCAAGAACUCGUAAAAUCAUUUGGAGUUGGUUG